AGUACACGACGGCGUGACCCAUGGGAGCCGUCAUGUGGGAGGAGUUGCGUCAUCUAACACACCUACCUAGGAGUAUAUAUGGAAACCAAGAGAAGAUGUGGCACUCAUUCUCUGCUGCUGCACUUAACACCAUGAAGAGUUUGCUGGUGAUGGUAGCUACUCUGAGCCUCGCAUGGGGGCAAGAGAUGCACUGCCACUGCGCCACCUUCGUCUCCACAGUGGAAGGAGGAAUACUGAUGCACAACCUACCCUACACUGAGGUGACGGACUGUGACGACUUUGAGGGAUGCGAGUCACGAUGCACCAAAGAGUUCAUAGACUUGACUGAUGGAGGUGACCUGGACCAUGAAUUGGAAGACGGCAACAUUGUCGGUCAAUUGUGUUGUGACACUGCAGCGGCUGAAGGAUAUGAAAACCUCAUGCCCAGCGAGGUGUACAUGUACAGCAGCAUCUGCCAUGGUCCCUGGUUGUACAAUGGGUACAAGAGCAAGCAGAAGUUGUGUUGUGAUGAAGGGAAAUACGUCCAUUGUUAAGUCCUCUCCUUACUCCAUCAACUCGACCAAUGCUUCUUCUUCUUAAUGAUUACAAGAUAUUAAUAGAAGGAACGAUUGAAGAGAGAAUUAUUCACGAAUGGAAAGAGACAUUAUGCACUUGUCUCAACCAAUUAGACAGCAUCAGUUGGUUCACAUUGUUAGUAGAAAAUAUUUGAGGAACUAUGAAUAAAUGAUUAAAAGACC